GUAACUGAGACGUGAUGGCAACUACUGGGAAUCAUGGACUGUGAUAGUGUGGCCAUUGAAGUUGAAACUUUGCUCCAAUAAAAGACUGUUGCAGCUGAUGGCUUUUCCUUGAUAUCCCAGUACAUUUCAACUUCAGCGCCAUGGGUGUGCAAGAGGACCUCAACGCCCUCAAGAAACAGAGGGGAAUUGCUAAAGGAAAGUUCACCAGGAAGGUAACUCUAUGUAAAGAAGGAAUAGACAGAGGUGAUGAUCUAUUAGUGUUGAAGACUAACUAUGAGGAAGUAAUAGAAGCAUUUAAGUGUUUAGAGUGUAAGAAUGAUGAACUGAUACAAUUUAUAUCUGAUAAUGAGGAUAAAUUAGAAAAUAAAAACCUGGAAGAAGAGACUGAACAAUAUAUUUUAGAUAGUGAAAGAUUAAAGAAUGAACUGUGUGCUAAGAUAUUCAUGACAAAGAGUGAGGAGAAGGCAACAGACAAACCAAAGGUUAAGGUAAAGAGAUUUGAACCUCCCAAGUUUGAAGGUAAUUUAAGAGAAUAUCCUACAUUUAAAGAGGAUUAG